AUGUCGACUGGCCAUCAAUCUAGUUCUUUGCCAAAUAGAUCGCUGAUUAAAUUGUUAAAUUACUGCAUUAAAUCCUCCACGGAGUUGUCAAGCAGACAUUACAUUGAUUCGAAGUUUAUCUGGCUCAAGGGCGUGGGCGUGAGAUGGCACGAGCGGGCAUGCUGCACAGGGGCGGAAAAAAUGGAGCCGAGUGAGUAUUAUCCCGAACUACUCGUAUUAACUGAUCAUUUUUCACAUCACACCAUACGUAGAAACUUCACUCUAGUUACAAGUUUUAUGCAUAACAUAGGUGAUGUAGUCGUCAACAUUCGUCGACGCUGUCAGAUCAUAGUGCCAUUACGUAUUUCGCGACAAUGUAGAGGACAGGCGGACGCGCCACCGUUAACAAGUUUAGAGGUCGUUACCGCGGCUAUAGGUACCGAGAACCCGCACAGCCGCGGCGCAAGGGUACAGCAUCAAAUUUUACCCACAAGUUUUAAAGAGCCGUACCUCGACUUGGGGUGGGUCGAGUGCACCGCGCCGUCGGCUGAUGGGGUUCAACAAUUUGUUGGGGUGACUAGACGUAUAAAUCACGCGGCUAAUGCUGCAGCAUCCGGCGCGUCUCCGCUUAUUGUGCAGCCGUGGCGACAUUUGCUUAUGUUCGCAAGCCGCCAAACGCCAGCUCGGUACCUCGCGCCAGUCACCCUCGCACUGCCGUAG